GGUCUGGGCGGGGCUGAGUUCUAGGACACAGAACAAGACCUCGUGUUUCCAGAGUCGCCCGCAAGCGGGAGCGGAACCCGCGUGGCUCUUGGCCUGCACGGCGCAGCGAUGUCGGGGGAAUCCUCCAGGAGCCUGGGGAAGGGAAGCGCGCCCCCCGGCCCGGUCCCGGAGGGCCAGAUCCGCGUCUACAGCAUGAGGUUCUGUCCCUUCGCUCAGAGGACGCUGAUGGUCCUGAAGGCCAAGGGAAUCCGGCACGAAGUCAUCAACAUCAACCUGAAGAAUAAGCCCGAGUGGUUCUUUGAGAAGAAUCCCCUUGGGCUGGUGCCGGUUCUGGAGAACAGCCAGGGUCACUUGGUCACCGAAUCUAUCAUCACUUGUGAGUACCUGGAUGAGGCGUACCCAGAGAAGAAGUUAUUUCCAGAUGACCCUUACAAGAAGGCGCGCCAGAAGAUGACCCUUGAGUCAUUCUCUAAGGUGCCGCCUUUGAUUGCAAGCUUUGUUAGGGCGAAGAGAAAGGAAGACUAUCCGGGCCUAAAGGAAGCGUUGGAGAAAGAAUUCACAAAGCUAGAGGAGGGUAUGGAUAAUUACAAGAGCUUCCUUGGUGGAGAUUCUCCCUCUAUGGUAGAUUAUCUUACUUGGCCUUGGUUUCAACGACUGGAAGCAUUGGAGCUCAAGGAGUGUCUAGCCCACACCCCCAAACUCAAGCUCUGGAUGGCAGCCAUGCAGCAAGACCCCGUGGCAUCCUCUCACAACAUUGAUGCCAAGACCUACCGCGAGUACUUACGUCUCUACCUACAGGACAGCCCCGAGGCCUGUGAUUAUGGGCUCUGAAGGGCAAGAGCCCGCAGCGAAUGCUGUUUCCCCUCACUGAUUGAAUAUCAUGCUUAUUUUAUCCAGUAUUCUCACUGGCUCCUUUCUCAAUUUGACCUUCUGGCCUAAGCGGUGCCCCCUCGGGCCCCACUACUGCAUUUCUAUUUCAGAACACUCCGAUCUAAUGGUCCUAACAAUCUUCACUGCCAUCCCCAAGGCCACCACCUCUGGUUUGAUGCAGACAUCUAGAUUUGGAUAUCAAGAAAAAUGUCAAGUUUUUGAUUAUUCAUGUCUGAAAACUGUGAUUUCCUCAUUCUUUCCAUCAUUAAAUCUCUUAUUCCUCUUGUGAGCAUCGAAAA